AUGAAGCUGUGCUCUCACUUUCCAUUGAGAAUCACACGCAUUGACCCUCACAGGCCGAGGCCCACUGCACCCCCCACCCUGCUCCGACCUCUGGGCAGCCCCAGCUCCCUCCCACUCUGCCCUCGUGCUGCUGUCCCUCCCCAGCUUGCCGUGGUCUCUGUUCUCUCUCUUGCCAGUGGCUGCUCCCCGCCCCGCCGCCAGCCACAAGGCAGAGAGCGGGGAGGGCAGAGGGAGAGCCCCCGGGGGGUCUGCGGGAGUCUUGCCCGAUGUGGCGAAGGCCUCCAGCUCCGCAGGCAACAACUCCCGUCCUUUUUCUCUUUGUUUCCUUCUGGCCCUUGGCUGUUGAGUCAGAACUACUAUGGGAAUGUUCUGAAGACAUCUGCAAACCUCCAGACUAAUGCUUGUGUCACCACAGCCAAGCUGGUCCCCAAGUACAUCCGGGAAACUCUGAAGAAUGUACAUGAAGAUGUUACUUCGAGGUAUUAUGGCUGUGGUCUGGUUGUCCCUGAGCGUCUGGAAAACUGCCAGGUUUUGGAUCUGGGUUGUGGAAGCGGCAGAGAUUGCUAUAUGCUUAGCCAGCUAGUUGGCAAGAAGGGACACGUCACUGGAAUAGACAUGACUAAGGCCCAGGUGGAAGUGGCUAAAACCUAUCUUGAGUACCACAUGGAAAAAUUUGGUUUCCAGGCACCCAAUGUGACUUUUAUUCAAGGAUGCAUUGAGAAGCUGACAGAGGCCGGGGUCCAGAAGGAGAGCUACGAUAUCGUUGUAUCCAACUGUGUUAUCAACCUUGUCCCUGAUAAACAGCAAGUGCUUCAGGAGGUGUAUGGCGCGCUGAAGUACGGCGGAGAGCUAUACUUCAGUGACGUCUAUGCUAGCCUUGAAGUGCCAGAAGACAUCAAGUCACACAAGGUUUUAUGGGGUGAAUGCCUGGGUGGUGCUUUGUACUGGAAGGAUCUUGCCAUCAUUGCCCAAAAAAUUGGGUUCUCCCUUCCACGUUUGGUCACUGCCAAUAUCAUCACAGUUCAAAACAAGGAACUAGAAAGUGUCAUUGGUGACUGUCGUUUUGUGUCUGCCACGUUCCGACUCUUCAAACUCCCUAAGACAGAGCCAGCUAAAAGAUGCCAAGUUGUUUACAAAGGUGGAAUCACAGGGCAUGAAAAAGAACUAAUCUUUGAUGCAAAUUUCACAUUCAAGGAAGGUGAAGCUGUUGAAGUGGAUGAAGAGACGGCAGCUGUCUUGAAGAACUCGCGUUUUGGUCAGGAUUUUCUCUUCACACCUGUUGGAGCCACGCUGCCGGCUAUGCGGGGUCGUUCUGAAUUAGAAACAAAGGAUAUAAUCAGAGAUCCAUUCAAGCUUGCAGAGGAAUCUGACAAAGUGAAGUCCAAGCAUGCGCCUGAUGGCACUGGAGGCUGCUGUGGCAAAAAGCAAAGCUGCUGUGGCAAAAAGCAAAGCUGAUCGACGGCCAGCACGGAGCUCAUGGUGUUCGAGCAGGCGGCUAAAGAACCACUCACAUAGGCUUUUAAACCUGCUGUUCCCCAGUGCAGAGAUUACAGGAAGAGGGCAAAGGCACCACAAUCUAAAUUACUGCAAAGAAUAAGAAUACAUUUUAUGUGUUAAUCUAAAAUUCACAGCAAAGCACCAGUUUUUCUAUUUCACUAUUUCAGCGUUCUGGUGCCACCUAGUGUUCAGAAGUAGAACUGAAGGUUCACUCAAAGGGUCAAAGGCAUCAAAAUUGGAGGAAGGUGGUGGGAUAACAUCUUCCUUCUGGCCUACCACAGGACACCUCUGGACUUUACUCUGUGUUUACUCAGGAAGCAGAGUCCCUACUAAAUUUAUACUAACUAUGUCAAAAGAUUGUCAAUCAAAUUUGGUAGGGGUAGUCUUCAGGAACCUGUCUUCAAACCUUUGUUUCUUUCUGUAAUUGAGUAAAAAAGAAAACAAAUGAAUAAUAAAUUUCACCCUUAUGAUUGACACCACA